AUGUAAAUAGGUACAAGAGUAAAUCCAUAUUUUCAAAGCAAUCGGAGAGGUGGAAGUGCUAUAAAAUGUGGAAGAUUAGAAAAUAAUAGUAGUUUUCAAACUCCGAAAAUGAUUAUACAAAGUUCUGCUGAAGAGAAAUUGUUGGUAAACUUUAAAAAUAAAGAAUUUUUAGAUAAAAUAAUAAGAUGUAAAUAAUUUAAGAUAAAGUCCAUCAUUUAAAUUGAAAAAUACAAGAUUUCUAACUCCAGGAAAGCCUGAUGAAAUAAGAAAACAAUUGAAUAUUUAAGAAACCUAUGCUCGUAAAACAAGAAUCACAGUAUUGGAGUCAUUCUAUCAUUAACUAGGAACUGAUGAUGAAAUAUCAGUUUAAAAAAAUACUUAAUAAGCAAAAAGAAAAUUGAUAAAUAUCACUCCAUCUUCUUAAACUGCAUACAUCUCGAAAAAAACAUAAGAACUGGAAGAGGAAAGUAUAGAGGAAGCACAUUUCUAUUUUGUACAAAUGUAAUAGAAAUAUAAAUAAUGGUUGGAGAGUUUUGAGAAGAGGAGUGAAAAACAACUUUGA